UGCACGUUUCUUUCUUCCUUCGCAGACCGCAGGGUCAUUGUCCAUGUCUUCUGCAAGAGCAACAGUCUCUGUCUCGUAGACCAUUCUUUGCCUCCUUAAGACUCUUCUCACCACCACUUCUCUGUUUAAAGUGAGCAUUCUUGAGCUUCGAGCCUCAAAUUAUUCCCUUCUCCUUAAUGUCUUUUUUUUUGGGGUGAAGCAUUAUUGGAGUACAAGGAUCACCUAAUCCAAUUCCGAAUUCUUUAGCCCUUCUCUCUUUCUCCCCCGCUUUUCUUCUUCUAUAAGAGAGAGAAUGAACUGAAGGCGCAUUUCUUUCAUACUCUGUUCCAUGCUUUGAAAAACUUCAUUUUCGAUUUAUUUUUGCCCCUUGUGGGUCUGAGAAAAUGUCGAACAUACAAAUGUCCCAUCUGGAUUUAGAGCAAGGAGGUUACCAUCGUUCGGUGGUCGCAAGUGAUGUCAGCGCCGACGGGAGCGUGUGCUUCUCCGACGCCGACGAUGGGUCCUGCUACUCUCAUUUCUAUUCUACCUACGGUGGUUCAUACGACGAUUGUAGUUUCGCCUGCGUUUCUGAUUCUGAGGUUAGGUGUGUUGCUGAUUCUAGGAGAGCUUCUUCUGUGACUGAUUGUUCGGUGGAAGUUGAAAUUGAAAGUGGGGAUCCUGAAAUUAAGGUGCAUUUGGCCAAAGUAGAGAGAGAUUGUAGGAUUUGUCACUUGGGUUUGGAGAGUGAUAGCAAUGAUGAGUCCGGGGUUCCAAUUGAAUUGGGAUGCUCUUGUAAGGAUGAUUUAGCUGCUGCUCACAAACACUGCGCUGAGGCCUGGUUCAAGAUCAAAGGGAAUAGGACCUGUGAAAUUUGCCACUCGGUUGCACGGAAUGUUUAUGGAGGGAACGAGGAGGUGACAGAGCAUUCAAGUGAUAGCAAUAAUGCUCCUGCUGCUGCUGCAACAGCAGUGUCCCCACCAGCACCUUCUGCAGAAACUCGAAGAUUCUGGCAUGGCCAUAGGUUCCUGAAUUUUCUGCUUGCUUGUAUGGUCUUUGCUUUUGUCAUAUCAUGGCUUUUUCACUUUAAUGUACCUUCUUCCUAAUCAACAGAGAGGCACAGUCCUGUCUUUUUAUAAAUUUCAAAAGAAAAGAAAAGUUGUUUUGGGGGGAACAAAGCAAAAAUUAGAAGGGGAAAAAAAAAACAGAGAGGAGAGAGAUCCUGCUCAAGCAAGCACAGUAAACAGUUGCUCUGGGAAUGAAUGGUUUCAGUUUGAGGACCAGUCCUUCAUUAUUAUUUUCCCCUCCUAAAGUAUAAAUAUUCUCUUAUUAAAAGCAAUCUUAUUUGAAGCACUGUCGGGCACUAAAUGUGAGCAUCUCUCCUAGCGGGGAUUUGAAUCUUGAUUCACUACGUUGUGAGAGACUAGUUCCUUUCACUAGACUCAAUCCCUGUUUGUGUUUAGAACUGUAGAAUGUUGCGUCGAAAUGUAAAGGUUCUUGGGCCAUUGCAGGAAGAAUUAUAUAUGAUGGUCAACUUUCUGUGUCAAA